AUGAAGCUCAUUCUGGGGCUAAUCACUUACCUUCUACACCUAGUCAACGCGGAGCUUGCUCACUUCGAAGCUGUCAUUAUCGCCCGCAGCGAAACAUCCUCGGACCUUUCACAUGCUGACGAUGUUCUUACAUUUAACAUCGACCCUGACAUGCCGGACCCAGAGUGUGGUUUGACGUACGAGGCGAAUAUCAAUGUCAAAAAUCGCGGAGACCCGUCAAAGACCAGCGACUAUUGCAAUCUCGUUUACGAUUACAUCACGGACACAGCCAGCAAUGGCCAGGCAUCAAAGGAUGUUAAUGUAGUCUACACCUGCCCUGGCGCUCCAGAGCCAACAGACCCCGAAGGCUAUGGUUCUCUCGACAUCAAAUUUAUUCUCAAUGCACCUGCCGAUUUUGCGCGCGAUCAAACUCAAGAACCGGCUACCUUACAUCUUCUCAACAUCCACGAUGCUGCCGACCUCACGAUGCCCAUCUCGAUUAGCUACAAAGUCACGUCCAAUUCAGAGAUCAUCUGGCAAUUCAUCAACUGCCCAUGA